CAUCAUCAUCAUCAUCAUCAUCAUUACCAUUACCAUUAACAACAAUAAGAUAACUGAGAUACGAAAUGUUACGAUUUUCGAGUACAGAAUCGAACGACAAAGCUCUUUCCGAAGAACAGCGAUUCUACUAUUUGCGGUUGAUGGCCAAGCCAUCAAGCGACAAGAAUGAACCAAUAAAAACAAAAUUUGUUCGCUGGUCAUUACCGUGUCCCCAACACGAAAGUCUUGAAACUGAUCAUGAUCUCGAGAGUCAAGCAAUGCGUGUCGUACGAACGAUCGGACAAGCAUUUGAGGUAUGCCAUAAAGUGGCGCAGGAGCAAAUGCAAGAGAAGUAUCAAGAGGAUUCAGAAUGUAGUUCUAAUGUAAGGGUUAAAAAUUCACUCACAAGCACCGAAGGUGAUCAUGCUGAAAUGGAGGAAAAGUUAGCAAAAGUAAGCGAAGCUUCACCUAGUCUGUCACCAGCUGAUGAUCCACCACCGGCUACGACACCUGCCACACCUGCUUACCUGCAAAAGCAUCAUUCCAUAUUUGGGCUGCGAAAAUCUUCCGAUGCAAUCUUAAAUCUAUCAGCUACAUUGGAAGCAACAGCCGUGGCCACUACCACUGCAGCCAAAGAUUGUGCCCAAGCAAGCACUUCCAGCGAGCCACAAAAAUUCUCACCCACUCAAACGAAUCCAGUACAACAGUCCGCUUCAUCUCCCGCAAAUAAUCCAGCAGUUGCUACAAGUACCAGUGACUCAUUGCCUUUCGUAUCCGGCUCCUCAACUUUACCGCAUUCAAUAACAUGGGGACCACAGAUGGCCGCUGGUCAAUUCCAGUCAAUGCAAACACUCGACCAACGUAGUUUGCCGACUAUGCCUUAUUAUCCUAUACCGGUGAUGGGUCCAUCAGCAUCGAUGCCAUAUGGACUUAGUUCACCAUAUUUAUUAUCACCUUAUGCAACUCUGCCGUUUCCGGGGAAUACCUCCGAACAGCAAGCUUCUACUACCAACCCGAACAUUCCUGGAAGUCCUCUUGAAGGACAAGAUCUCACCGCCUAUCAGCUCAGUUUAUCCUUAGAUCAGUACAAUCAACAUUUGAUACGUUCGCAAUUGGAUCAAGCUCAACAAACCGCCCAAGUGGCAAGCUGUCAGGUGCAGCUAUUAAGAGAUCAGUUGACAAGUGAGACAACUGCUCGAAUAGAAGCACAAUCUCGCACACAUCAGCUGUUGAAUGCGAAUCGUGAAUUGUUAGAGCAAGUGCAAGCGCUCGUUCUAAGGCUUCAGUCACUCGAAACGAGACUUGCCGAGGAAAUUCAAGAACAAAUCAAUCAGCCGUCAACAUCAAAGGGACAGCCAGAAAUUGCAACGUCACCAGCUAAAGCUGCAAGAUCAAGACCAACAUCAGAGCUAACUACUUCAUUGCACGAACAGUUUAAGAAUGAAGCGAAAGUUCCCGGCCCACCUCCAGUUGACCCUUUAAAGCCGUAUCAGUUGCAAUCGUUAGCGGAUAUACGUGCUGGCUCGUUGCCACCUCAGGGAGUUCAAUCGAAGAGCACUUCAACAAAAAAUGCGCGUUUGACAGACGAUUUGGGAGCCCGAACUGAACCAGAAAGUGGAGCGGAGGACACAACAGAUUAUAGUUCCUCGGACCAAUAUGAGAAAGCACCGUUUCCAAUAAGUCAACAACAACGAUUACCACCUCUGCCCGAACCGCAUCUAGAUGUAUUAAUGUCCAAUCCACAGGUAAUGCCAAAUUUGUCGUCAUUUUUCUCUGCUCAAUCACCGUCCUCUGACAGCUAUAUUCCCAACUAUCUGGCAUAUCCAGCACGGAAUCAAAAUCCUGAAGAUGAUGAAGAGCAGCAAAAUCCUUCAUCGUCUUCUCGACGUAUGAAGGAGCGGUCAAGAACAGUGAAAGAUGGAGCUUUGUUCAAACGAAUGUCAUUCAAUCCAAGACUUUGGGAAACAAGACGGAAAGAUGUGGAAACAGCUAGUAAUACAAUUGCGGAAAGUAUCGAUGAAAGCCAAACCAUGUCAAGAAAGGUUUCUGGAAAACAGAAAGGAAUAUCAAAAGAUGAAAAUAUCGAUAAUAAAAGGAAAAAAUCUGAUCGAUUUCAAACAUCUUUAGCAGAACCAGGGACAUCUCUUACGGAGGAACGAUAUAAGGAACCAUCAGAUGCGGGAGAAGCGGAAAUACCAUUUAAAAUAAAUGCAACAAAGCGAAGGUCGUUGUUUUCCAGCGAGACAGUUCAGUUGGAACCUGCUUCAUUACAUUUAGCAACAGCCAUGUAUCCACCAAGACGGAUGGAAGCAGUGAUUACAAGCAAACCACAGUUGCAUAAAAAGGAAUCACUGAAGAAGAAUAGUACACCAACUGGAGGGUUUCAGAGGCUUUCACAGGAUAUUGAGGAAGAGGUACCUACAUUUGCGCAGCAACAACAACCCAUUGGUAAUGGACCUAUUUCAUCGCCACUGUCCAAUCGACAACUGGCAAACCAUAUCGGAGCUUUGGAUGAGAAAGAAAAAUCGCGAAAAACUAGUAAUAGUGGAUCGAGUCAGAUGGUGACACUGCAAGAAGCACUGAAGCAUGGCUUGGCUAGCACCAGACAACAACUAAUUCAAACCAAUGAAACAUUAGAUGGAAUGCGAGGUUCAUUACGAUACGUGGAGUCAGAAAAGCAGAAAUUAGGUGAUCCGGUGGUACUGGCAAAGCUCACCAAGCUACCGUCCUUUAUGUCUGCUGCAGCUGAUUCCUCAGAAGAGACAUACGAAUCAUCUACAUUUCCUUGUGCAUCGCCGAAAUCAACGAAUGGUUCGAGUAAUGUAACAGAACAGAAUGUAGAAGCUCGAAAGGGUGAUACUGGGGUCCUUUAAAGGGUAAUAACCCUUUAAAUUGACAUAAAUUGAUUAUAUUAGUACUUUAUAUAAAGGAUUUACUUCCAUUCAUUCCAUUUUUGACGUUGUCAAUUAUUUAAAACUUGGCAAAAAAAAAUC